GCGGGGAAUGUCAUCCUCAGCCCGGCCCCGCCGCUGGCGGAGGACUUCCGCUUCCGGGGGCAAAGUGACGAACCUGCCGUCAGCAUCAUGGCGGACCCUCGGAGACCCAACAAGAUCCUGCGGUACAAGCCGCCCGCCAGUGACAGUAAUCCAACGCUGGAGGACCCGACGCCCGAUUACAUGAACCUGCUGGGCAUGAUCUUCAGUAUGUGUGGGCUGAUGUUGAAGUUGAAAUGCUGCGCUUGGAUUGCCGUGUACUGCUCUUUCAUCAGCUUCGCUAACUCCCGCAGUUCGGAAGACACCAAACAGAUGAUGAGCAGUUUCAUGUUGUCGAUUUCAGCUGUGGUGAUGUCGUACCUUCAGAACCCACAGCCCAUGUCACCGCCGUGGUAAAAGGUGUUGCCACAUUCACCUCUGGUAAUGCACACGGGAGGGAAUACCGUAAAUCCAGUCCUUCCCCACCCUCCUCCUCGAUGCAGGAACUCGCCUCCCUCCCCUGCCCUAUCACUAGGGCAAACAUUUAUGCCGAGGGUACAGGAUGCUCAUCGUUCCAGUGCCAGCCGCCUUCCUCCUGAGUUCUGGUGGCAAUGCUACCCCGAACUUCCAAGUGAGGAAGCAUUGUUGAAUUGUGCAGUGGGCACAUUACAGUAAUGUCUGUCACAGCACUAAUCGGUGGUUUGAAUAAAGUCUAACUUAUUACUCAA